UGAACGCAAAACACGGAAGUGUUUCAAAUCCCGCAGCAGAAGUUGAGAUUGGAAUCUACGGGGACGGAGAUCAGCUCGAUGGUGAACCUAGGCUUAUCCAGGGUGGACGAUGAAGUGGCGGCUAGGCACCCGGGUUUAUCAGGAUAUGCAUCAUGUCAGUCACAAGCCUUCAUGAAGGGGGUGGCCACUUUUGUCACAGGUACUGUCACAGCAAUGAUAAUCCAGAGUGCUUUGAAGAGGAGACUUCCAUACCCUAUGAAAUGGAAUAUACUGGUGUCUGUAGUUGCAGGUUCUGUUGCCAGCUAUUCGGUGACUAGAAGAGAGACGGAAAAAUGUUCCAAAUUGUGGAUUUAUCUUGAGAAAGGUCCUCAGCCGCAAUUGCAUAACACAGAUUACCAGCAGACUACAGAAUCGGAUGAAAAGUACAGGAAAACCAAGAAUAUAUACGGGGAUCAAGCUGAAUAAAUCCCUGUUUACGCAGUAUGGGACUUUCCUGCACUUGACACAGACCAAAAGAUCACACAGAAAAAAAAAAUGAAUGUGGUAUUUUUAUACACUCAGA